AUGGCUGAGUGGUGUUCCCACAGUGGUGUUCACACAGUGGUGUUCCCACAGUGGUGUUCCCACAGUAGUGUUCCCACAGUGGUGUUGUGUUUCCACAGUGGUGUUCCCACAGUAGUGUUCCCACAGUGGUGUUUCCACAGUGGUGUUCCCACAGUGGUGUUGUGUUUCCACAGUAGUGUUCCCACAGUGGUGUUUCCACAGUGGUGUUCCCACAGUGGUGUUCCCACAGUGGUGUUGUGUUUCCACAGUAGUGUUCCCACAGUGGUGUUGUGUUUCCACAGUAGUGUUCCCACAGUGCUGUUCCCUGACAUCAGUCCUUACGACAUUUCAAACACUGCCCGCUCCUCCUCGCCCCCUCCCCUCACACCCCCACCUCCCAUCCCAGUGCCAGCAGCCCGAGCAGCAACAGUAGGAGCGCUCUCCUCUCCACGGUACGAGGCGAGGAGCACCGAGCGCAGCGGCAGAGCGAUGCUGAGAGCGCGGCAGGAUGAAUUUCACCUCCACCUGCCGUGCCUCCAUCACCCGCAGCCGUGCCAUAUUCUGGCGCAGAUCGGGCACACCGUGCGCGUUGGUGCGCUCUUGCCCGGGCAAAGAGCGGCUCGUGUCCAAGUGCAGGCGGCACUGAGCCGCGCUACCACGGGCAUGACGCGGGACGGGGACAACUUCUUACCUUACAACCUGAGUCUGGAGCUGGUGACCCGCCAGCCCGCGGCCGCAGACCCGGAGUCCCUGUUCCGGUGCGUGUGCCAGGGUGUGGUGGUGCAAGGAGUGUCCGCGGUGCUCGCCUUCCCCCAGAGCCGCGAGGAACUGCUACAGGUGGAGUUCAUGGCGUCGUGUUUGGAGAUCCCCUUCAUCAGCGUCAUAGAGCACGGGGAGCCGCUGGACACACAGGUGGGAGCUGCACCUGAAGUGCUGCGUGCGCGCUGGGUUCCAGACGCACGCAGAGCUCCAGAGCGCACGGUCUUUGACUGA